CACAAGCAUGGCACUCCUGCUCUCCCCAUUUCCCUUUCUUCUCCUUGUUCUCGCGCUGCUGUCUGCACUUCUUCUCGCAGGUCGGAAGGCAAGAGGUAGCACCGCUGCCUGGAAGCUCCCUCCGGGCCCGGCCAAGCUCCCCCUGAUCGGCAACCUCCACAGCUUGGGGAGCAAGGUGCUGCACCAGUCCCUGUGGGAACUCUCCAAGAAACACGGCCCUCUCGUGCACCUGAAACUUGGACGAGUCCCUGUUGUCGUCGUGUCGUCGCCGGAGCUGGCCAAGGAAGUCCUCAAGACACAUGACCAUGAGUGCUGCACCCGGCCUUCUCACAUCUCCACCGAUAAGUUUUCAUACGGUCGCUCCGACAUAGCCUUGAUGCCGUACGGAGACCGAUGGAGGCAGCUUCGGAAGUUUUGCACCGUCGAGUUCUUCAGCGCCAAGAAGAUCAACUCUUUUAAGGGCGUCAGAGAACAAGAGACGGAGCGAACGGUGAAGCUGAUAUGUUUUCACGCUCGCCAGUCGCUCGUCGUCAACCUGAGUGAGCUGUUGCUCUCACUUUCCUGCAAUAUCACUUGUAGAACUGCCUUCGGCAGUCGCAUCGACGACGGAGGCGAUAUCCAUGACAUACUCAGAGAAGCUCAGGCGUUGUUGACCGCCUUCUUUGUGUCUGAUUACUUUCCACUGCUCGGGUGGGUUGAUGCGCUAAGGGGGAUGAAAGCCAGGCUCAAUAGGAUCUUUCUUAGGUUUGAUGGCAUCUACCAACGAGUUAUCGAUGACCAUAUUGAUCGAAUGAAGCAACAACGUAACGGUGAUGAAGACAUCUUGGAAGCUUUGCUCCGCAUGCAAAAGGCUGGGGAGGAUAUAACAGAAGACACCAUCAAAGGACUGCUCACGGAUAUUUUCAUUGGUGGGACUGACACAUCCUCAGCAGCCGUGGUGUGGGCGAUGGCGGAACUCAUCAGGCAACCGGAGAUGAUGAAGAGAACACAGGACGAGGUAAGAGGAUGCGUUGGAAGCAAAGGAAAGGUGGAGGAGAGUGAUCUUCACCAACUUCACUACCUUAAGUGUGUGAUCAAGGAGACGAUGAGACUGCACCCUCCGGCUCCGCUGAUGCUUCCGAGGGAAACGAUGCAGACUAUAGAACUAAAUGGAUGCAUUAUUCCACCCAAAACCAUAAUUUACGUGAAUGCGUGGGCGAUAGGAAGGGAUCCAAAUUCGUGGGAGAGGCCUGAUAUCUUCAAUCCGGAGAGGUUCAUGCAUGGCUCUUCCGACACGAAGGGGCAAGACUUCAAGUUCAUACCAUUUGGCGAAGGUCGAAGGAUGUGCCCUGGUAAGAAUCUUGGAAUGUUAGUGGUGGAGCUCGUGCUUGCGAACCUCCUCUACUCCUUCAACUGGCAUUUACCACUUGGACUCACGAAAGAGGACGUUGACAUGGAGGAAGCACCCGGUAUUACUGUGCAUAGGAAGUCUGCGCUCUGUCUCAUGGCCACGGAAUAUGAAGGAAAAGAGGACUAAUUUACGUAUAUUCACUGUCUAGGUGAUCAGAGAUAAUAUGCUUUUGUGGAGGGUCUUGGUGUAAGAUUGCAUUG